AUGCUGACGACAACGAGGCUUCAUGUCACUCUGGCCAGCAUGAGUCGUCGCCCAAGCACCCGACCACAACUUGCCUACCCACGACGUGCCCCUCGGACAUGGCUUCUUCGGUCAUCUCUACAAUCGACUUUGUGUCCUCCCGCCCGCACACCUCCACAUAGUUUGUCUACUCUCUUGUCUGACCCCCAGUUGCUUUGGCCUUCUCUUCUUCCCAAACAGUCAGUUGUGCUCAGAUCGACUGUCCUGCCUACACGAUACACAUAUUUUGACAAUAUGCAUUUCGAUAUGUUCAUCCACAUAUGGUGGACCCUUUUUUCGUUCAGUCCUCAGUUGAGCUUGCUGUCCAUUGGCAGCAUUUGUGCUGCCAUGUCUGUACCGAGACGUUUCGCUCCACGAUGGUGCACCGAUGCACGAAUAAACGGUGCACUGCAGUGUGAUGGGUUGCAAUAG